CAUCUUAUCCAAAGCUCCUCCCUUUCCAGCGACGGCGGAGCACGAGCACGUGAGGGGCGGCGCCUUCCUCCCUUUCCAGCGACGGCAGCGACGGCGGAGCACGAGCAGGUGAGGGGCGGCACCUUCGUCGGACGGCUAUCCGCGGCGGAGGAGAAGGCGGACGCCAUGGGUGCGGUUACAGACGAGGCGGAGGAGAAGGCGGACGCCGUGGGCUUGCUGCACGGCUACAGCCGAGGCGGAGGAGAAGGCGGACGCCGUGGGCGUUCAUGGAGGAUGGUACGCCGGCCGCCGGCUCCGGCCGCCAGUCCUCUCUGGCCUCCUCCGUGGUAUCCUUCUCAACCUCCGCUGCUCCUAUCGUGAUUUGGAUGGAAAAUUGGAGGCCGGCCGUGUCCUUCUCCAUCAUCCUGUCCAAAUUGCAAUUUUUGAACAAACAUCCAAUGUCGCCGCCAAGUUCGCCGGAGGAAGAAGCGCCGAGUUCGCCGGAGGAACAAGCGCCGAGUUCGCCGGAGGAACAAGAACGCCCGCCGAGUCCUGUGGUGCCUACACGAGAGGCCCUUAAGAUGAGUGAUGAACAUCCGUUGAGCCGUCCAAUGUUGCCUUUGGCAACUACACCAGAGCCGUCGUCUCCUUUGACUUCACCGCCAUCGUCUCACAAAGUUCUAAGGUCAAUUCUCUAAUGAGAACAGACUCUGUCCACAAGGGCCAUCAAGCCAACUAUAUGGAAGGACCCAGUCCCACAUUCCCGCUCGUCGACUUCGCCGCAAGACAAUCUGCUACCGCCUCCGCCGAUUUUGCCGGAAGACCAUCAGCCGUCGCCUAGACCUACUUUGGUUCAGAAAAUAGAUGACAACACUGUAACUUAAUAUUACACAGAACAUUGAAGAGGACUUUGAUAACCGACCUUCAAAAACAGCAAAAAUUUCUGAAUCAAGUGUUCUGGAGCCAUCACCUAUGUCAUCAACUAUGUCGACAUGUACUCCAGUUUCUGAGUGUUUUGAAUCGAUUGUGCCAAAAUCAGAUAAUUAGAUAGAUCGUGGUCCAUUGCCAUCACCUCCAUCCCCAUCUAGCUCGACAUUACCAUCACCUCCAUCCCCAUCUAGCUCGACAUUAUCUCAAGAACAUCGGUCGAGCCGUACAAAUGGCGCCUGCAGCGGCUACACCAGAGGUAUUUGUCCCCUUGAUGAAAGCUAAUCACUGGAUGUAAUCCCCUGUUUUGGUUGUUGUUUCUGGCCUGGUUAUACAGGCAGUUUUCAACAGCAGCAGGCUAGCAUGCCCAGUCUGAACUUUUAGAAUGUUUUCCCAGUUCAUGUUCAACUUUGAUCCUUUUUCCAGUUAAAGUUCCAAGGAACUUUCCUGUGUGAAUCUGAGAAUCUCACUGAAACUUGUGUUUCAUUGUGUAUAUUGAGCCUAUCGAGUCGAGUUUCAGACUGAUCGUAGACA